AUGAUCAACAGCGCGUGCGCCACAAAGUUUAACGCAAGAGUCGUGGCUCUUUUUUCAAACAAUUGCGUGACUUCUAGAGUGUGUGACGCUGUGGCACCUCCUCUUACCCCUCCCUUUUGUCCAGUUGACAGGAAUCUCCUCAGGCAGGAUUGGAAGGCACUGACAGAGGUAUGUUGAAAUGUAGCUAAUAUUGUUGCCUAUUAUGGGGCACUAUUGUAUCCCUUUUGUGAUGGACAUUGACCUCUUGGCUUGAGUGGGAAGAGAUGACACGCGCAUCCACCACGCAAUCAGUAACGUUACGUUAGAAGCAGCCCAGGAGGAGAGAUGCUAGCUAGCCAUCAUGCUCUCGAGUAACUAGUUAAUACCCUGUGUGCAGUCGUCUGGAGUUGACUGCACGCAUUAUUAUUUGGAUUUAAUGAGUUUAGGUACUAUUCUCUGCAAAUUUGAUUUAAAUUACUAGCUAUAGCCAGCGAUAAUGUGCAGGGUAUGCGCUUGUCCCGCUGUCCACCAAUUACUUGCUAACCUCAGCAGCUAGCUAGUUUGCUACUUAGUUAGCAAGUAAGCAAAAGAUGUUCAAGCACAAGCAGUGACGCUUCUGCCACCUUGUUUCAUAACCCCUUGGACAUCAUCAGGUAGCCAGGCAGAAGAACUGCUCGUACCAGGCAGCAGGUUGCAGAUUCUGUGACAACUAUCUGGGAAACAUUGACAUCAAAUGUCCAUCUCCAGUGCAUGUGGACAGUGAAACCACCUGCCUGAUACGGAUCUGAUGUCUGAUGCAACAAUGCUAACGUUCUCAAUUUGGCUAACUGCUUGAUCAAUCUAUCCCAAGGUCCUAUCAGUCAGUGUUCCCUUGAUAUUUAUGUUCAGAUAUGCUUAUUUGAAAAUUAAAUACCGCAAAAAUCUAGCUAUAGUAAAAGCUAUAGUCUGAUGAAAUUGCAUUGACUUUGUGCAAUAGAGUAUUUCUAUCUCUAGAGGGACCAGAAGGACAUCUUGCGUGACUUUCCUUGAGGACCCUGUUAUGUAGACUAGCUAGUACAUUCCUCAAGGCCCCACUGACAUUAUUCUCUGUAUGGCCUAAUAUUCUAACCUUUCCCACCAAUAAUGAUCCUCAAAGGUUCAGUGCUCCUUCCUGUGUGUGUAUUUGUGUAAUGUGUGUGUUUGCUCUGUGUGUGAGCGGGAUGUGUGUGUGUGUAUUCUGGAAUGCCUGAUGCUUAACACUUCCUGUCCCCUCCAUGGUCCCCUUCGAGCUACGAGCGAGUGCCUGUUGGUCACUGAAGAUGGCUCGUAUUACUGAACUUCAAAGCGUGUAGAAAUUAUAGAUGUGUAAUAAUUGGUUUUGGGUGUCACUAAACCAUGCAUUUACACUGAACAAAAAUAUAAACGCAACAUAUAAAGUAAAAUAUAUUUUUAUUUUUAUUUUUCUCAUUUUGUGCACAAAUUUGUUUACAUCAGCAUUUCUCCUUUGCCAAGAUAUUCCAUCCACCUGACAGGUGUUACAUAUCAAGAAGCUGAUUUAACAGCAUGAUCAUUACACAGGUGCACCUUGUGCAGGGGACAUUAAAAGGGCACGCUAAAAUGUGCAGUUUUGUAACAACACAAUGCCACAGGUCCCCUGUAGCUCAGUUGGUAGAGCAUGGCGCUUGCAACGCCAGGGUUGUGGGUUCGUUUCCCACGGGGGGCCAGUAUAAAAAAUGUAUGCACUCACUAACUGUAAGUUAGUCUCAAGUUUUGAGGGAGCAUACUAUUGCCAGAUAAUUAAAUGUUCAUUUCUCUACCAUAUGCCACCUCCAACGUCGUUUUAGAGAAUUUGGCAGUACGUCCAACCGGCCUCAACCGCAGGCCACGUGUAAUCACGCCAGCCCAGGACCUCCACAUCCGACUUCGUCACCUGCGGGAUCGUCUGAGACCAGCCACCCGGACAGCUCAUGAAACUGUGGGUUUGCACAACCAAGGGAUUUCUGCACAAACUGUCAGAAAGUGUCUCAGGGGAGCUCAUCUGCAUGCUUGUCAUCCUCACCAGGGUCUUGACCUGACUGCAGUUCGGCGUUGUAACCAACUUCAGUGGGCAAAUGCUCACCUUCAAUGGCCACUGGCACGCUGGAGAAGUGUACUCUUCACGGAUGAAUCCCGGUUUCAAAUGUACCGGGCAGAUGGCGUCGUGUGGGCGAGCAGUUUGCUGAUAUCAAUGUGAACAGAGUGGCCGUUGGGCGGUGGGGUUAUGGUAUGGGCAGGCAUAAGCUACGGUCAACAAACACAAUUGGAUUGUAUCAAUGGCAAUUUGAAUGCACAGAGAGACCGUGAUGAGAUCCUGAGGCCCAUUGUCGUGCCAUUCAUCCGCUGCCAUCAUCUCAUGUUUCAGCAUUAUAAUACACGGCCCCAUUUCGCAAGGAUCUGUACACAAUUCCUGGAAGCUGAAAAUGUCCCAGUUCUUCCAUGGCUUGCAUACUCCCCAGACAUGUCACCCAUUGAGCAUGUUUGGGAUGUUCUAGAUCGAUGUGUACGACAGCGUGUUCCAGUUCCCGCCAAUAUCCAACAACUUCGCACAGCCGUUGAAUAGGAAUGGGACAACAUUCCACAGGGCACAAUCAACAGCCUGAUCAACUCUAUGCAAAGGAGAUGUGUCACGCUGCAUGAGGCAAAUGCUGGUCACACCAGAUACUGACUGGUUUUCUGAUCCACACCCCUACCCUUUUCUUUUAAGGUAUCUGUGACGAACAGAUGCAUGUCUUUAUUCCCAGUCAUGUGAAAUCCAUAGAUUAGGGCCUAAUGAAUUUAUUUCAAUUGACUGAUUUCCUUAAAUGAACUAUAACUCAGUAAAAUCUUUGAAAUUGUUGCAUUUAUAUUUUUGUUCAGUGUACUACAGGGAGAAAGGUGUAGUAAUUAUCAUUAAUAUUCUAUUAAAUGGUGUUUGAAGUAGGUGAUUGAGGCUGUAGGCUAUGUGGCAUGCACUGAUGUACAAAAUAUGGCAUUUGGGCUGUAGGCUAUUCUAUUUGUGAAUUAGCAUUGUGCACACAUGGGUAGAGGGCAAGUGUUCCAGUUUAAGCCUAGUCUUGGACUUAAAAGCAAGAUCAAUGCCGGCAUCCUUUUUGGAAUCUGGAACAAGCAGGUUUUUUUUCAUGUUACUCAACAUUUAGAUCUCUGCCCACACAUUCUCUCAUAGCAGUAGUGGAGGUCAUCUAACAAAUAAUAAAACACAUCUAACCUUCAAUUUAGAAAUCACUUAUUGAUUCAUAAGCUGGCCCUGUUUUGCAUUUUAAUUUGGCUGUCAGUCCAGUGUAUCAGGUUUGGCUGCUGUUGUGAAAUCUCUAGCCCGUCAAGGCAAGCACAUCACUCUUUUUCUGAUGAGUCAGAGCAAACGGGUUAGUCCGUCCAGGCAGAUGUGUGAGGCAUGUCUGCCUGCCCCUCCCCCCACCGGCCCACCCCAUCCAUCAAUGACCUCAAUCUUCUCCUCUCCUAUCCCACCUCCUCCCCCACAAGCAAUGUUCUCUCCUCAGUUGGUGUGUUAGUGAAUGCCUAGCACACUGCUAAUGGUUUAUCUCACAGAGGUUUGUGCUAAGCAGUAGCCUAACACAAGGCUGUCUCCUCUUUUUUUUUGUAUACAUUUCUUACAGAUAAUGGCCGUUCCUCCUACCUAUGUUGACCUUGGCAAGUCCGCCAAGGAUGUCUUUACCAAGGGAUACGGUGAGCACUGAGCAGUACUACUUACUACCCACUAUUUUCUAGAUCAUUCUUCAACUCAGCCUUUGCUCCUGUCCUGCAGAGAAUCCGGAGUGGACUUUAGUCGUACUAGCCUAGUGUUAUAGCCAUUUGGUGAACUCUCUAGUUUAGACUAGCUGUCCUUGGGCAGUUUAUUGACUGCGAGGCACACAGCUGCACAGAGCUAUUGAGGCCUAGGCCUUACUAUGGGGAUUCCCAGGUAAAUUCCCCAGGCGAGGGUGGUACGACCAGCGGACCAGCACACAGUCUCUCAGAGGGGGAUGGGAAGGAAUCUGGGGCAGUGAACCAUGCCUGACAUGACGAUGUACUCUAGCAUGGAAACUAGGGCCGUGAAGAUACCAGUAUCGCAAUACUCAUAGUAUCAUGGGAAGGAAACAAAACAUGAAGCAGAUUUAACUUUAGGAAAACAGCCCUAAUGUUGGAAACAAACAUCAUUAUGUCAUCCAGAGUCACAUUUAUUUAUUUUCCAAGCAAUAGCACACUAUUUUACAGGUUUUUAAAAAGUUUGACAUGCUUUGUGUUUUCAUUUUUGCCAUUGAAAAAUAUUGCGAUACUGGUCACAGCCCUAGUAGAAACCACAUCAAAUCAAUAAACUCACUCAAUCUAUCAAUGUUAUGUAAUAGUUAUAAUGGAUGUGUGAUAGGCUAGACUGGUAUUUCUCAGAGAGGGAUUUAUUGAACAGUGGUUUACAGUGCAUUGGGAAAGUAUUCAGACCCCUUGACUUUUUCCACAUUUUGUUACGUUACAGCCUUAUUCUAAAAUUGAUUAAAUAAAACAUUUUCCUCAUCAAUCAACACACAAGACCCCAUAAUGACAAAGCGAAAACAGGUUUUUGCAUAUAAAACAGAAAUACCUUAUUUACAUAAGUAUUCAGACCCUUUGCUAUGAGACUCGAAAUUGAGCUCAGGUGCAUCCUGUUUCCAUUGAUCAUCCUUGAUGUUUCUACAACUUCAUUGGAGUCCACCUGUGGUAAAUUCAAUUGAUUGGACAUGAUUUGGAAAGGCACACACCUGUCUAUAUAAGGUCCAUCUGUUGACAGUGCAUGUCAGAGCAAAAACCAAGCCAUGAGUUCGAAGGAAUUGUCCGUAGAGCUCCGAUACAGGAUUGUGUUGAGGCAUAGAUCUGGGGUAGGUUACCAAAAAAUGUCUGCAGCAUUGAAGAUCCCCAAGAACACAGUGGCCUCCAUCAUUCAUAAAUGGAAGAAGUUUGGAACCACAAAGAAUCUUCCUAGAGUUGACCGCCCGACCAAACUGAGCAAUCGGGGGAGAAGGGCCUUUGUCAGGGAGGUGACCAAGAAGCCGAUGGUCAUUCUGAUAGAGCUCCAGAGUUCCUCUGUGGAGAUGGGAGAACCUUCCAGAAGGACAACCAUCUCUGCAGCACUCCACCAAUCAGGCCUUUAUGGUAGACUGGCCAGACGGAAGCCAUUCCUCAGUAAAAGGCACAUGACAGCCUGAUUGGAGUUUGCCAAAAGGCACCUAAAGGAUUUCAGACCAUUAGAAACAUAUUCUCUGGUCUGAUGAAACCAAGAUUGAACACUUUGGCCUGAAUGCCAAGCGUCACGUCUGGAGGAAACCUGGCACCAUCCCUACGGUGAAGCAUGGUGGUGGAAGCAUCAUGCUGUGGGAAUGUUUUUCAGCGGCAGGGACAGGGAGACUAGUCAGGAUCGAGGGAAAGAUGAACAGAGCAAAGUAGAGAGAGAUCCUUGAUGAAAACUUGCUCCAGAGUGCUCAGGACCUCAGACUGGGGCGAAGGUUCACCUUCCAACAGGACAACGACCCUAAGCACACAGCCAAGACAACGCAAGAGUGGCUUCGGGACAAGUCUCUGAAUGUCCUUGAAUGGCCCAGCCAGAGCCUGGACAUGAACCCGAUCGAACAUCUCCGGUGAGACCUGAAAAUAUCUGUGCAGCGAUGCUCCCCAUCCAACCUGACAGAGCUUGAGAGGAUCUGCAGAGAAGAAUGUGAGAAACUCCCCAAAUACAGGUGUGCCAAACUUGUAGCGUUAUACCCAAGAAGACUCUCUAAGCUGUAAUUGCUGCCAAAGGUGCUUCAACAAAGUACUGAGUAAACGGUCAGAAUAUGUAAAUGUUAUAUAUUUAUUUUUUAAAAUAAAUUAGCAAACAUUUCUAAAAACUUGUUUUUGCUUUGUCGUGAUGGGGUAUUGUGUGUAGAUUUGAUAAGGGGGAAAAAACAAUUUCAUCCAUUUUAGAAUAAGGCUGUAAUGUAACAAUAUGGAAAAAGUAAUGUGUUUAUGUGGUGAUAAAAUAAGUCUGCAAGAGUCCGCAUGCUUAUUUUGAAAACGAUAAAGCCACGCAUUAAUGGAUUGCUAGGAAUGUUAGUGAAAAUAAUGAACUGAACAGGAAUAUAUCAUCAGUUUAAAAGCACUGUUAGAAUAUAUUGUAAUUACAACAGUUUGAUUUAAUUUUCUUCCAUGCAUCUCAGGUUUUGGUCUCAUCAAGCUGGACUUGAAAACAAAGUCAGAGAAUGGACUGGUAAGUUCCACUGCAGUCCGUUUACCCCUUGGAGCCAAAAGAGGCACUUGACUGAGUGCUAUAUGACUAAUAAUUUAGGUAGUUAUCUAGCCCUCUGUCACCAUAAAACUUAUACAGAACAAAAAUAUAAACGCAAAAUGUAACAAUUUCAACGAUUUUACUGUUACAGUUGAUAUGAGGAAAUCAGUCUAUUGAAAUAAAUUCAUUAGGCCCUAAUCUAUGGAUUUCACAUGACUGGAAAUACAGAUAUGCAUCUGUUGGUCAAAGAUACCUUACAAAAAAUGGGCCUCCAAAUGGGCUUCAGGGUCUCGUCAUGGUAUCUCUGUGCAUUCAAAUUGCCAUCGAUAAAAUGCAAUUGUGUUUGUUGUCCGUAGCUUAUGCCUGCUCAUACCAUAACCCCACCGCCACCAUGGGGCACUCUGUUCACAACAUGGUCUGUGGUUGUGAGGCCCGUUGGAUGUACUGCCAGAUUCUCUAAAAUAACAUUGGAGGCGGCUUAUGGUAGAGAAACGAACAUUCAAUUAUCUGGCAACAGCUCUGGUGGACAUUCCUGCAGUCAGCAUGCCAAUUGCAAGCUCCCUCAACUUGAGACAUCUGUGGUAUUGUGUUGAGUGACAAAACUGCACAUUUUAGAGUAGCCUUUUAUUGUCCCCAGAACAAGGUGCACCUGUGUAAUGAUCAUGCUGUUUAGUCAGCUUCUUGAUAUGCCACACCUGUCAGGUGGAUGGAUUAUCUUGGCAAAUGAGAAAUGCUCACUAACAGGGAUGUAAACAAAUUUGUGCACAACAUUUGAGAGAAAUACGCUUUUUUUGCGUAUGGAAAAUUUCUGGGAUCUUUUAUUUCAGCUCAUGAAACAUGGGACCAACACUUAACAUGUUGCGUUUAUAUUUUUCUUCAAUGUAGUUAUCUGACUCAUUGACACCUGUGAAAGACCUCUCGGAUUGUCCGCGUCACUUGUGUCAAAUGCCAAUGUGGUCCACAACCAUCCAAAUCCUCACUAAUAAUGUCUGAUGCUAUAUAACAUGAUCUCUUCACUGACCUCUUUUUGACCCCAAUCCCAGGAGUUCACCAGCACGGGCUCUGCCAACACGGAGACAAGCAAAGUGGCCGGCACCCUGGAGACCAAGUACAAGUGGGCCGAGCACGGACUGACCUUCACUGAAAAGUGGAACACUGACAACACUCUCGGCACUGCGAUCACUGUGGAGGACCAGGUCAGGACUAUGUGUUCUUUAGAUCAGGGUGUACUCCACUCCAUUUUCUUCAAUCUGCAAUUGUUAGAAGGGUGCUUUAAGCCAAGGAGUAAUCCCUUAGUGUAAAUAUAAAAAAGACCAGCACUCACUGACUUGUUUCAUUUAUUUAUUAUAUAUUUUAAGACAAUAUAUUUCAAUAACUUUACAUGUUUAGUCUUCCUCGUGUGGGAGUCUCAGUUCCUUACGGGCCCCCCACCCUAUUAAGUGGUGAAAUGCUCAUAGCAUCUCAUCUGUCUCGGAAAUUCCUUUACUAAUGAAUCAUUCAUGCUUUCUUAACCUCUCCAUCUUUCUGUCAUCUUCUCCCUUCAGUUGGCCAAAGGGCUUAAACUGACGUUUGAGUCCUCCUUCUCGCCAAACACUGGGUAAGAAGUGGCUAUCCAAUUCAUUCCGUGAAGAUAGCAUUUAAUUGUUUCUCAAUGUUAAUUCAUUGCAAUGAAUGAUGUCAUCACACAAUACAUGUUGAAAAAUAUUUUUCCUGCUCAGCUCAAUGUAGAUUAUUGGAUGUAUUUGCCAUCCUGUCACUGUGAUUCCUAUAUUACCUCACACUCACACGUUUUUCCUUCCUUCCAUUCCUCACUAUCCUCACCUCCAGCAAGAAGAGUGGUAAGAUCAAGACUGGCUACAAGAGGGAGCACAUCAACCUGGGCUGUGAUGUGGACUAUGACAUCAACGGGACGGCUGUGCACGGCGUGGCGGUGGUGGGCUACGAGGGCUGGCUGGCCGGCUACCAGGUGACUUUCGAGGCCGGGAAGAACAGGGUCACCCAGAGCAACUUCGCCGUGGGCUACAAGACCGACGAGUUCCAGCUCCACACAAAUGUGUAAGUAGAUGGAAUUUAAUGAAUAGAUACAUAAAUAUGGUUCAGGUUGGGCUCCACGCUUCAGCAAACAAUGGACGUAAGAAGGGUGCUCAACAACACUGACAGUAAGCCAGUGAUGGGGCUUAACAACAAUGAUAGUAAUACAGUGAUAGGGCAUAGGGACCAUAAAUAUGGUCUUUAAGACACUUAUCCAGUAUUUUGUAAAUGUGGCAUACCCCCAACUCUGUUGCAAGCGCCAUACUCCAACCAACUGAGCCUUUUGAACCACUAGUCAGUAACAUUUUGUGUCCAGCUCUGAACUAUGAGAGCUGACGUUGUCUGGACACUAGCAGCUCUAAGCACUUGCUGUCUUUCUGGUUCCCUCAGAUGCAGACUGGCAGUUAUUUUAGUACCAAUGUAUCCCACAGUGAUGGGAUUUGUCAAAGGGCUUUGUCGGUAGGAUAGUAUAGGAUAGUAAGCUAGCCUCCUGCUGCGACCUGGCCUUCCAUUCAUGAUCACUUGUUUUGAUGAGGUCAAUUAGCUCUGAGACAUGGCUAUUUAAUCCUUUGACAGCUCAUCCUUGAUAUACACUGAGUGUACAAAACAUUAGGAACAGCUACUCUUUCCAUGACAUAGACUGACCAGGUGAAAGCUAUGAUCCCUUAUUGAUGUCACCUGUUAAAUCCACUUCAAUCAGUGUAGAUGAAGGGGAGGAGACAGGUUAAAGAAGGAUUUUUAAGCCUUGAGACAUGGAUUGUGUAUGUGUGCCAUUCAGAGGUUGAAUGGGAAGACAAAAUAUUUAAGUGCCUUUGAACGGGGUAUGGUAGUAGGUGCCAGGCGCACCGGUGUCAAGAACUGCAACGCUGCUGGGUUUUUCACGCUCAACAGUUUCCCGUGUGUAUCAAGAAUGGUCCACCACCCAAAAGACAUCCAGCCAACUUGACAAAACUGUGGGAAGCAUUGGAGUCAACAUGGGCCAGCAUCCCUGUGGAACUCUUUCGACACCUUGUAGAGUCCAUGCCCCGACGAAUUGAGGCUGUUCUAAGGGCAAAAGGGGUGUAACUCAAUAUUAGGAAGGUGUUCCUAAUGUUUGGUACACUCAGUGUAUAGGUCUGAUAGUUUGAUAGUUUAAACAGUGAAUAUUGAUCAUCUGAUUGCAAUUCAUGUGAUAUUAGGUAGUUGUAACAAUUCAUGUUUUUGUUUUUUAAUGAACAUGAAUACUGGAAUGGAUAGUAAUGUUGCAAUAUACUUGCACACAUGUUAGUUCCCACAGCCUUGUGUAUUCAAAGUAUAAUUCUCAUAGUAAUGACCAACCAUUUUUUCCAUGACAGAAAUGACGGCACCGAGUUCAAGGGCUCCAUCUACCAGAAGGUGAACGACCAGCUGGAGACAGCAGUCAACCUGGCCUGGACCGCUGGCAACAGCAACACCCACUUUGGCAUUGCAGCAAAGUACCAGAUCGAUGCCGACGCAUCUUUCUCGGUAAGGGGCCACUCUAGCUAGUCCUCUUACUGGCUGAGACGUGACCUCUGCCUGGGGUCACAUUCAGGGCACGAGUAGAGGGACUUACUAGGCUAAUAUGUAAAAUAUGAUCUCUUGAAUUAUUGUUGAGUACAUUUGAGUCCUAUUUUGUUUAAUCCCAUCAUUUCUCCAACAGGCCAAUGUGAACAACUCUAGCCUUGUGGGCCUGGGAUACACUCAGACUCUGAAGCCUGGUUAGUAAUGUUCAAUAGUGUUAUUUAAAAUGUUCUGUGAAAUAUUAUUUUUCUCCAUGCCAGUGUAGAUGAAAUGUGCAGUUGAAAUACCUUUCUACUGUAUUUACGGCAGAAAUGACAGAACAGCAGCUGGCACUUGGUCUUUGACCUCCUCAGCCAGUCAAUGAGCCCUGAUCUUGUCACUCCCGCUUGUUGAUGUCUUGUCUCUGUCUCUCUGUCUACAGGCAUUAAGCUGACCCUUUCUGCUCUCCUGGAUGGGAAGAACAUUAACAGCGGUGGGCACAAGCUCGGUCUCGGCCUCGAGUUUGAGGCAUAAGAAGGAAAGGAACACAGCAACAACCCCAAACCUCCAAAUAUAUUUUUUAAAAUAGCUAUCCUCGCAACCGUGUUUCCCUUACAGUAGAUGUGCUUUGGUUGAGGGUGAGGAGGCACAUGUGGUCAAAUCACACUACAGUUGAUAUGGCACUUUUACAGGACCAUUUCAGAUAAAAUAUUUUGGGUACAGGGCCCAGUUUAGAAUAAAACUAUAACAGAAGUUUUAAAGGUCUGCAAAACGUAAAAAUGAAAAGGUCUGUUAAGGUCUUAUGAAUUUGUAUUUCACUACAAUCAUGUAAACACUUUAAUGUAUUUAUCUUUGUUUCAAAGCAGAUAAGAGAAAAUAAGAUAUUGUAGGUAAAAAACAACAACAGGCAUUUGCAGGAUUUGGUAAACAUACAGUUUACUUUUGGUCCACAUGGUGGGGCUGUUGCACAAAACAGAUCACUGGGACUGGAUCACAACACAACAUUCCUUGGCCAAGGUGAAAUAUUCCUCUGUACUGGAGAGUUCUCUCAUUGUAAACCCUUUGACAAAGAAGGGAAGUGUCUAAGAUAUUAGAUUAUUAUGGGAUGGGUAAGUGGUCCUUCACUUAAGCAGCAUUAGCUCUGAGGCACUACAUAGGGCACUACCUUUUGGGAAUAGGGUGCCAUUUGGGAUAAAACCUCAGUGUUUUUGGCUCACUUGUCUGUGCAUUUGGUGUGAAUUAUCAUUUAUUACAUAUAGCAAAAAUAUUAUUUUAACAAUGUUCUUGAAUACUUAACCCGCCUGUGAAGUUUAAGGCAAACCUUUGUCAAUUGUUCCUAAAGAGAAAGGUAACCUGUCGUGCACACUAUUCAACAUCCCUCUUAAUACAAAUGCUUUUACAAUGAAUGGUAGUCUUCCGAUGAUGGUGUUGGAACAGACAAACUGUGUACCUGACAGUGUUGUUACUCCCUGUUAAAUAAAGAACAACAUCUUGA